AUGCUUGUCGCUGCAUCUCUGAUUACGAUUGUAGAUUUCAUUGAAACUUUGUCUAUUGGUAUAGGAAACUUCAAAUGGGACGAUGUCAAGCAAGACCACUAUCGAGAAAACUAUCUUGGCCAUUCGCUCAUGGCUAGUGUUGGUCGAUGGCAAAAGAACAAAGACUUGUCAUGGUAUGGCAAAGACACUGAGAAACCAUCAGCAAGUGUCGAUGAAGAUGAAAUACGAGCUAUAAAAGAGCAGGAAGAAGAGUUACUGGCUGAAGCGCUUGGUGGUAAAGCUAAAAAGAGGACGACAUCGUCUGUAACUAAACAGGAAUUGUCUAAACUCACGAAAGAAGCUACUGGGGAAGAGGAGGAAGAGGCUGCUACUGGUGUUGGGUUUGGACGAUCUGGCUUUUACAUGAAAUCGAGCUCAAAGGCAGCAGCUGCAGACUCCGAUCAGGACGAUAAUGACGACGAUGAAGGAAACGCCAUACCAUUGACUUCUACCAAACCAAAAACCGAUGAUGAUCUCGACGACAAGGCUGAACGCAAGAAACGUAAAAAAGAAAAGAAGGAAAAGAAGGAGAAAAAGGAAAAGAAACACAAGAAGCAUAAACGAGGGUCAGAUGAUGAUGGUGAAGUAGAUACGUCAUCCAAGAAAUCCAGGAGGGAUGAUUCUGGUAGACGGGACGAGCCUAGUAGAACAGAUGAACCCAGGAGGGAUGAUUCUAGACGUGAUGAUUCUAGGCGUGACGAGCCUCGUCGUGAUAUCCGUGAUGAUUCCCGGCGACCGCCAGCUCGAGAAGAUUAUGACAGGGAUAGGCACCGUGAAGAUCGAGACUCGGCGUCUCAUAGAAUUAGAGAUGACUCUUACCACGAUCGCCGGGAUAGAGGACGAUAUUGA